AACGCCUUAGUUUUGACAUUUGUUUUUGACUUGUGUGGCUUUUGUGAUCUGAAUUAUUAUGCCUAAAUUAAGCAUUAAUUUAAUCCUAAACUAAAUGAUUACAGUGAAAGGAGAUCAAAAUUUUAACAAUUUCGUUAAAUAGUGCGGAAGCCAAAAUGAGUUUCCUCACUGUGGACCGCCAGACUCCGUCUACAAGUGCGGAAAAAGAGUCUGAAGAAACUGAGAAGAAUGAAGAUCUCGAGGUGGACAAUUCAUCCAGUGUGCUGCUUAAGAUUGCCACCCUGUAUGCCGAGCAGCUGAUGAGCGACCUGGUGCUGGAGGUCGGAGGAGUAGCCUAUCCAGCACACCGGCUUAUACUCUGCGCCAGCAGUGAGGUGUUCCAGGUGAUGCUGAUGAACCGCGAGUGGAGCGAGUGGCGUGAGAGUCGCAUAGUGCUGCAGGAGACACCUCAGGCCUCAGCCGUCUUCCCACACUUUCUGAAGUAUUUCUACACGGGCCAGAUCCGUAUAUCGCACAGCACUGUCCUUCCCGUACUGUCCCUCGCUGACAAAUACAAUGUUAAGGAUCUGGUGUCUUUGUGCUUACGCUACAUGGGCUCGCACGUGGCGCAGGCGGCGCAGCGCGGGCGGCUGGUGGGCUGGAUGCAGUACACCAUGGCCUGCGGACACGCGCCGGUGGCCAAGGCAUGCCAAAACUUCGUGAAAUGGAACGUCGAAUGGGUGUGGUCGGAGCAGGAGCUCGCAGAGCUGGAGGGCGAGGCGCUGCUGCACCUGUUGCAGCAGUCCGAUCUCGUGCUGCACAACGAGAUGACGCUCUAUCGGUUCGUAACGCGAUGGCUCGAAUGCCAGCGCGAGCGACUGAACACUAGCGAGCUCUCGGAGCCGGAGAAGAAGGCGCACUGGCAGUCGCUCGUGCCCGCCGUCUUCUCACACGUCAGAUUCCCCAUGAUGUGUCCCAACCAGCUGGCUAAGCUUCUUCUCUGUCCGCUGACUCAAGAACACAAGGAUUUCUUUAUGGAGCGCAUGGCGAUAGCUAUGAGCUACCAAUCUGGUCAAUACGAGCGCGUAGCAGAAAUCCAGCAAACAGAAGCAGGUAGAAUGCUGUUCACACCGCGGUUGUACACAGAAGAUACUUGGGGUUCAGUUCUCGGCGUGGACAACUUCCACUCGCUUCCCUGCUAUCACACACGGACCUUCAUCUUUUCCAGUAAAUCGAGCAUGGGCGCGUCGUCGAGCGACCGCGUGACGGAGUGGACGGUGGACCUGUACCCCAAGGGCGUCUGGUUCAAGAAGAGCAUGCUCAUCGUGUGGUCCGGCACUUUUGAUGUGCCCGAGGUGGUGCUGCGCACGGUGCGCGUGGCCAUCACGUGCCAGAACCCGCCCGACGGGGCCGACGACGACCAGCAGGAACCCGACGUGCGGGUCAAGAUCGGCCUCCUAGUAUGGGGUGUGCAAAAAGGUGUGGAACAUAUCGCUUCUGUUGUAGAGAGAGUGCACAGGUUCUCCGCUCAAAAUAGGGUGCUGAACAUCGACGGCGCGCUGGACUUCGACUCGCUGAACACGCCGCUGUACUCGCCCGCCGGCCGCGCCGCCUGCCGCGACCCGCCGCCCCUCACCGAGAAUUGUCCGAAAUGCAGCGAAAGGUGCGACAAUCCGGAGCCGAAGCAUCUAUUGGGACCCAACAGGGACCAACUUAGAAUCCAAGUAGUAAUCGUGCCGCUGACCGACUUCUGCCACGUCGGGAGCCCCGACGCGGCCGCGUGACCGGCCGCGUGACCGGCCGCGUGACCGGCCGCGUGACCGGCCGCGUGACCGGCCGCGUGACCGGCCGCGUGACCGGCCGCGUGACCGGCCGCACGGGCUCGCUUCAAACAGGGGACUAGCCACUGAGACAAUAUAACAUAGCUCUUUGGAAAGUAGUGUUGAUUAAAACAAGAAAUAUUACUUUGCUAAUC